CAGGGGGUGGGUCCUGGGUUUGGGUCUCCUGAGUUUCCUCACCCGGAGGGAGCUGCGUGCGCGUCACAGCUCUCUCCAAUCAGACCCCUCCGGGCUGGCGCCACGUCUGCGACCUGAUCCAAUCUCAUGCCCCAGAGGGCGGGAACGCGAAGUUCUACCUUGCACCUGUGGCUGCAGGCCGCCUCCGGGACUCCCCACCCACCACCCUCCCGCACCGCCCCAGCAUUUCACGAAUCACUUGGCGAACAACCAACCAGCAGGUGGACAGAUGUCUCUCCCCAUUCCUGCAGAAGCGGAGGAAGUUCCAAAUGCGCCACACACCAAACCACUGAGGUCCGGUCUUUCCGCGGCUGUCCUAGGCGCCAGCAGGGAGAAAGGCUCGAGGAAGAAGGGCUCCUAGGCGUGGAGUUGCGAGCAGCCCUUUACCUGCUGCAGCUACGGUCUGACCUCCCGGCGACCCCCAGUCCUCGGAGUCGUCCGUCCUGUGGCUCUUGGAACUUGGAGGUGCCGGGUGAGAUCUGCAGUUGCCGCCGCCAGUUUAGCUGGGCUGAAGACACUCCAGCUAACCGGACAGCGCCAAGGGGACAUUGUCCCCCAGCAUCCCGGUUGUCCCAACAUACCCCUUUCCUAGUGCUCUGGGCGGCGAGAUCCUGAGAAGCCUUGAUCAGCUGGAGCGCUGCCUUGACCGCUGCUCGGCACCCCGCGUGGGACAGGCGGGAGAAGGGGUGGCGUGAACCUCUAGAGACCACGGAGAGAGCGAGGCCACCCCUGCCGAGGCCCUUCCCCUGUCUGGGCGUCCCGGGCCCCUCUGCCCACCGGCCAUGGCCGAUGGCAGCGGUGGCGGUACGGGCAGUUCGGGCUCCUGGUGGAAGUCGCUGACGAAUAGCAGCAAAAAGAAAAACAAGGCGGCGGAGGUGGGGACGCAGCCACCCACCCAGCCCGCACCGGGUGAGCCCACCCAGCCAAGCCUGGACUGGACUAACAGCGCGCGAGAGAACCAGCACCCCAAAGUGCUUGGGGGUUCCGGCGAGCCCCCCAAGCCCGACAAGGACGGGGAGAAGUCGGGCGGCGGCAGCCGGCGAAACUUGAAGGUGUCGCGCUCCGGCCGCUUCAAGGAGAAGAGGAAAGUGCGCGCCACGCUGCUCCCAGACGGGAUGGGGUCUCCCGAGGAGGUGGACCUGGCCAGGGACCCCCAGGAGAACGCGUAA